AUGGGCCAGAAAAUUGGCAGUGGUCGAGAAUUUGUUGGUUGGAGUGCGUGUAGGAUCGAAGCAAAAGUGACAAGAGACUGGCCGUUGGUCAUAUACCUACCUUUCUACAUCGUAUUACUUGCGUGCUUUGCUCCGGAUAGACGCGUAGCCAUCGCGAAUGAUAUCGGCGUCUUCGGCAAGGGAGAUCUUGCAGCAAAAGAUCAAGCUAGACACCGAUAG